CACCCAGCCCGCCUCGUCUCGUCUUUUCCGGUCUCAGUCCGGCGUGGCAGGGCGGGUAGGCAGGUUUAGCGCGUUCAAGACUCUGUCAUGGCCGCGCCCUGCCUCCCCUUCCGGCUUCAUCCUGUCAUGGCGGCGCCCUGGGUAAAAACCUAACUCCUACACUGUCGGGCUCUUCCUAUCCUCCGGCUGCCAUGGCGGCGUCCGGGGUUCACCGGAAGUUAAACUUCGGAAGUGAGGCGGUGCCUCUGCCCGGAAGCGAGCGCGGCGCUGGGAAAGAUGGCGGCGGCGGCGGCAGCGGCGGUGGGCAACGCGGUGCCUUGCGGGGCCCGGCCUUGCGGGGCCCGGCCCGGCGGGCAGCCCCAGCCCGGGCCGCAGCCGCGCACCCUCCUCGCCGCUGGUCCGGCGCUCAUAGCGAGCGGCGACGAGCUGGUCGCAGCUGUGUGGCCGUACCGACGGCUGGCGCUGCUGCGGCGCCUCACGGUUCUGCCGUUCGCGGGCCUGCUCUACCCGGCCUGGCUGGGCGCCGCGGCCGCCGGCUGCUGGGGCUGGGGCAGCAGCUGGGUGCAGAUCCCCGAAGCCGCGCUGCUCGUGCUCGCCACCAUCUGCCUCGCGCACGCGCUCACCGUCCUCUCGGGACAUUGGUCCGUGCACGCGCACUGCGCGCUCACCUGCACCCCGGAAUACGACGCCAGCAAAGCAACCUUCGUGAAGGUGGUGCCGACCCCCAACAAUGGCUCCACUGAGCUCGUGGCCCUGCACCGGGAUGAGGGCGAAGAUGGACAAGAGGUGCUGUCUUUCGAAUUCCAGAAGAUCAAGUAUUCCUACGACGCUCUGGAGAAGAAGCGCUUCCUCCCUGUGGCCUUUCCCGUGGGGAAUGCCUUCUCAUAUUACCAGAGCAACAGAGGGUUCCAGGAGGACUCAGAGAUCCGCGCAGCUGAGAAGAAGUUUGGGAGCAACAGGGCUGAGAUGGUGGUGCCUGACUUCUCGGAGUUGUUCAAAGAGAGAGCCACAGCACCCUUCUUUGUGUUCCAGGUGUUUUGCGUGGGGCUCUGGUGUCUGGAUGAGUACUGGUACUACAGUGUCUUCACGCUUUCCAUGCUGGUGGCCUUCGAGGCCUCCCUGGUGCAGCAGCAGAUGCGGAACAUGUCAGAGAUCCGGAAGAUGGGCAACAAGCCCCACAUGAUCCAGGUCUAUCGCAGCCGGAAGUGGAGGCCCAUCGCCAGCGAUGAGAUUGUUCCCGGAGACAUCGUCUCCAUCGGCCGCUCCCCACAGGAGAACCUCGUGCCGUGUGAUGUGCUGCUGCUGCGGGGCCGCUGCAUUGUGGACGAGGCCAUGCUCACGGGGGAGUCGGUGCCGCAGAUGAAGGAGCCCAUUGAAGACCUGAACCCUGACCGGGUGCUGGACCUCCAGGCCGACUCCCGGCUCCACGUCAUCUUCGGGGGCACCAAGGUGGUGCAGCACAUCCCCCCACAGAAGGCCACCACGGGCCUGAAGCCAGUCGACAACGGGUGUGUGGCCUACGUUCUCAGGACCGGAUUCAACACAUCCCAGGGCAAGCUGCUGCGCACCAUCCUCUUUGGAGUCAAGAGGGUGACUGCAAACAACCUGGAGACCUUCAUUUUCAUCCUCUUCCUCCUGGUCUUUGCCAUCGCAGCAGCUGCCUACGUGUGGAUUGAAGGCACCAAGGACCCCAGCCGGAACCGCUACAAGCUGUUUCUGGAAUGCACACUGAUCCUUACCUCGGUCGUGCCCCCUGAGCUGCCCAUCGAGUUGUCUCUGGCUGUCAACACCUCCCUCAUCGCCUUGGCCAAGCUGUACAUGUACUGCACGGAGCCCUUCCGAAUCCCAUUUGCCGGCAAGGUAGAGGUGUGCUGCUUCGACAAGACGGGGACCUUGACUAGUGACAGCCUGGUCGUCCGUGGGGUGGCUGGGCUCAGAGAUGGGAAGGAGGUCACUCCUGUGUCCAACAUCCCCGUAGAAACGCACCGUGCUCUGGCCUCAUGCCACUCCCUCAUGCAGCUGGACGAUGGCACUCUUGUGGGUGACCCACUCGAGAAGGCUAUGCUGACGGCCGUGGACUGGACACUGACCAAAGAUGAGAAAGUAUUCCCCCGAAGUAUUAAAACUCAGGGGCUGAAAAUUCACCAGCGCUUUCAUUUUGCCAGUGCCCUAAAGCGAAUGUCCGUGCUCGCCUCCUAUGAGAAGCUAGGCUCCACUGAUCUCUGCUACAUCGCGGCUGUGAAGGGGGCCCCCGAAACCCUGCACUCCAUGUUUGCCCAGUGCCCACCUGACUACCACCACAUCCACACGGAGAUUUCCCGGGAAGGAGCCCGAGUCCUGGCGCUGGGGUACAAGGAGCUGGGGCACCUCACCCACCAGCAGGCCCGGGAGAUCAAACGGGAGGCCCUGGAGUGCAACCUCAAGUUCGUCGGGUUCAUCGUGGUCUCCUGCCCGCUCAAGACUGACUCGAAGGCCGUGAUCCGCGAGAUCCAAAAUGCAUCCCACCGGGUGGUCAUGAUCACAGGUGACAACCCACUCACUGCCUGCCAUGUGGCUCAGGAGCUGCACUUCAUUGAAAAGGCACAAACACUGAUCCUGCAGCCUCCCACGGAGAAAGGUCGACCCUGUGAGUGGCGCUCCAUCGAUGGCAGUGUCGUGCUGCCCCUGGCCAAGGGGUCCCCGAAGGCGCUGGCCCUGGAGCAUGCGCUAUGCCUCACAGGCGAUGGCCUGGCCCACUUGCAGGCUGAGGACCCCCAGCAGCUGCUUCGCCUCAUCCCCCACGUGCAGGUGUUCGCCCGUGUGGCCCCCAAACAGAAGGAGUUCGUCAUCACCAGCCUGAAGGAGCUGGGCUAUGUGACCCUCAUGUGUGGUGACGGCACCAAUGACGUGGGUGCCCUGAAGCACGCUGACGUGGGUGUGGCACUCCUGGCCAAUGCCCCUGAGCGAGUUGUUGAACGGCGCCGACGGCCCCGAGACAGCCCUGUCCUGAGCAACAGCGGAGUCCGGGCCACCUCCAGGGCGGCCAAGCAAAGGUCAGGGCUCCCGCCCCCCGAGGAGCAGCUGGCCUCCCAGCGGGACCGCCUGAGCCAGGUGCUGCGGGAGCUUGAGGAUGAGAGCACGCCCAUCGUGAAGCUGGGGGAUGCCAGCAUCGCCGCCCCUUUCACCUCCAAGCUCUCCUCCAUCCAGUGCAUCUGCCACGUGAUCAAGCAGGGCCGCUGCACACUGGUGACCACGCUGCAGAUGUUCAAGAUCCUGGCGCUCAAUGCCCUCAUCCUGGCCUAUAGCCAGAGUGUUCUCUACCUGGAGGGCGUCAAGUUCAGUGACUUCCAGGCCACGCUGCAGGGGCUGCUGCUGGCCGGCUGCUUCCUCUUCAUCUCCCGCUCCAAGCCCCUCAAGACCCUCUCCCGAGAGCGGCCCCUGCCCAACAUCUUCAACCUGUACACUGUGCUCACGGUCGUGCUCCAGUUCUGUGUGCACUUCCUGAGUCUCGUCUACCUGUACAGCGAGGCCCAGGCCCGGAGCCCCGAGAAGCAGGAGCAGUUUGUGGACCUGUACAAGGAGUUUGAGCCGAGCCUGGUCAACAGCACCGUGUACAUCAUGGCUAUGGCCAUGCAGAUGGCUACCUUUGCCAUCAACUACAAAGGCCCACCAUUCAUGGAGAGCCUGCCAGAGAACAGGCCCCUAGUGUGGAGCCUGGCUGUGUCACUCCUGGCCAUCGUGGGCCUGCUCCUUGGCUCCUCACCUGACUUCAACAGUCAGUUUGGCCUCGUGGACAUCCCCGUGGAGUUCAAGCUGGUCAUCGCCCAGGUCCUGCUCCUGGACUUCUGCCUGGCGCUCCUGGCCGACCGUGUCCUGCAGUUCUUCCUGGGGACCCCGAAGCUGAAAGUGCCUUCCUGAGAUGGCAGUGCUGGCACCUGUUGUUCAUGUUGGUGCCGCCAGGCGGGAGUCCCAAGUGGGAACACUGCCCCCCCGUGGCGAGGCGGGCUUGGCCUUCCCACCGGGACUGAGCUGCGCUGGGACUGCCCCACAGCCACCUGAGGGCCUGGGUGGCAGAACCAGCCCUGGGCCGGCCCCUUUGGUAAAUAAAGCCGCAUCCACCAUUUUAAGAA